AUGUUUCGACCUGCGAUCCGAGCAGCCACCACGGCAAGAUCCAUACCCAAAGCGCAGCGAAUCGGAAGGAGAUUCGCCAGCACGGCGGCUUCAAAGUCCGGGACAUGGAGAGGCGCUGCUCUCAGAUGGGGAGCAGCAGGUGCGAUUGUGUACUACUACAACACCGCCAAUGUCUUCGCAGAGGAGCCGCAAUGUAAGUCAUAACCCCACCGCAUCGAGAUGAAUUAGAUCCUGACAUGAUUUCAGAUGCAGUCCAUACAGCUCCCGAAACGCCACACGAAUCAGAAACCUACCGCACCGUCGACUCGACGGCCGAACAACGACGAGCCCGCGCACGAUCCACCCAGACUCAACGACAACCCGAAAGCCCCACCACCACAGAGGCUUCAAUCUCGGCUCCGCCGGCUUCAGCAGAGGGUCCCGAAGCGCUAGAAGAAGAAGCGGAACAACAAGGCGCUUUCAACGAAGAGACGGGCGAGAUCAACUGGGACUGUCCAUGUCUCGGCGGCAUGGCCCACGGUCCCUGUGGAGAACAAUUCCGAGCGGCCUUCAGCUGCUUCGUCUAUUCCAAGGAGGAGCCCAAGGGUGUGGAGUGCAUCGAGCAUUUCAAGACAAUGCAGAACUGCUUCCGGGAGCAUCCCGAAAUCUACGGGUCGGAGAUGGAUGAGGAAGACGUCGAUGCGCAGCUGGAGACACAAGGUCAGCAGGGUCCAGGCGAGGCUGUUCCGGUCUCAAGUGAGCCGCAAGCAGCAGAGAGAGCGGCAUCGAGAACAGAACCGGCGAAGCAGCAGGAGCCUCUGAGCGAGUCUGACUCUCUCGUUCCCAAAGCGUGGCACGAUGGACGCGAGAGCACAACCGCAAAGUAA